AUGCCAGUUGGUAUGGUAAUGCCCACAAAUAUUGAAGUUGUUCGUCCAGUGGCAUCAACUACAACACCGUCCAGCAUAAAUGGCGGACAUAGUAAACAAAAAAGUGACAAUGAAAAAUCACAUAACAAAGAACGUCCUCCCACUACAACAGUUUUUGUAGGUAAUAUUAGUGAUAGAGCACCCGAUGCGAUGAUUAAACGAAUGUUACAGCAUUGUGGAGGCGUUAUUAAUUGGAAACGAGUGCAAGGAGCUAAUGGAAAAUUACAAGCAUUUGGAUUCUGUGAGUACGAAAAUCCAGAAGGGACAUUACGAUGUAUUCGAUUGUUAAACGGUUGGCAAAUAGCUGAUAAACAACUUGUGGUUAAAGUCGAUGCCAAAACAAAGUCUCUGUUAGAUGAAUAUAAAAAGAAAAAACGCCAUGAAAACGCUAAAAAAGCGGCAAAUGAUACUACUGCUUAUAAGUUUGUUUAUGAACCUGAUACAGACGAUGAAGAUAAAAAAUCACCAACAAAAUCAAACAGUAAUCAAAACAGUGCGAGUGAUGGUUCAACAGUAAAAAAAUCCGGUGAAGAAGGAGAAAUUGAAGAAGAAGAAGAAGAAGUUGAUAUAGCGACAAAAAAUGAAGAUAAGACAAUUGUGAAUAGUUUGGAUACUGUCAUGCGUGAAUAUGCAAGAGAAAUAGCGGCACGAACAGCUGAAGCAAAAGAAAAAGAAAAUAGUGGAACAUCAGCAGUCACAAAUCUUCAUUACCAUAACGAUAAAGUAUUAAACCAUCACAAUCAUUAUAACGCUUCAAAUGCUUACGCAACAAACAAUUUACAACAAGCAACAUCUAGUACAACACCAGUAACACCCGCAACUAGUGUUACAGCCACCACUUCAGCUCCUAGCUCUGCAAACGGACAACAACAACAACAACAAAUAUUUGGCAAAUCAAAUAAUCCAGCAUUAAACGAAAUAAGAGUAGACGAUGAGAAACGAGAUUUGGUAACAAACGAAAUAAAAAUGUUUCGUGAUAAAUUCAAGGAUGAAGAUGCAAAAAUGCGUGUGACAGAAAAAGAAAGAAAAGAUCGUUAUGACCGUGAACGUCAACAGCAACGAGAAAAAGAGAAAGACAAGCCAUUGUCUUCGCCAACAAGAUCACCACCGGGCAAAGCAACAACGCCUACAUCUUCUCAUCGAUCAUCAAAAACAUCAUCGAAUCAUCUUCGUGAUGAGCGUAGUAGUGAACGUGCAUUGUCUCCAAUCGACGAUUAUCGUUCACCAUCUUCGUCACGACGUCGUGAUGUUAAACCAGACCGUAGUAUCGAUGAUCGUUAUUCGUCCCGUAGCGAUUAUAAUCGUAGUUCAGUGAGAGAUUCCAGAGAUGGUGGUAGUAGACAUAGUGGUUCAUUACGUCGACCUUUAUCUCCGCCACGUCGUCCAGAUCCAAGAGACAGAGGUGACAAAGCACCGGUAUCAAAAUUGCCAUCUGGUUAUAGUAAAAGAUCAAGAUCAAACUCACCAGAAGUAUCUGCAAUAAAAAAUUCAAAGACACCAGAAGAUGAAGAAGAAGCAUAUCAGCGAAAAAAGCAAGAAAGAAGAUUAAGAGAAAAAGAAUUACGUUAUAGAGAUCGAUUGAAAGCGUGGGAAGGACGUGAACGUAAAAAAGAAGUUGAAUAUGAAGCCGAAAGACGACGGGAAUUAGCUCGACUUCGAGAAGAAGAAAAAGAAGGAAAACGAUUGUUGGCAUUUUUAGAAGAUUAUUCAGACGAAAAAGAUGAUAUUAAAUUUUACAAAGGAACGGCACUAGCCAGAAGACUGAAAGAACGUGAACAUGAAAUUGAAAUCGAUAAUCGAGAUAGAUAUAAAGAAAAAGAAGAAUUAGAAGAACUACGUCAAAAAUUAACACAACAAAAUAUUGAUGACGUUGAGGGGGAAUUAAAAAGACGUGUUGCCCAUGAAGAAGAUGCUAUUCGAAGAUGUCUAGCAGAAUUAACACACACACACAGCGACUCCUCUACGACAGCAUCAACGUCAAAUUCAGAAAAUGAAGAUGAGAAAGACGAAAAAGGAAAUAAAAAAAUACAAGAUGUUAAAGUUGAGAAAGAUAUGCUAAAUACAAUGAAUAUAACGAACCCACCUUCGCAAAUUUCAGAUACAAAAUCAUCGAGUAUAGACCCAGAAAAUAUGGAUUUAUCAUCUGGACAACUAGGCAAAAAUUCAACAACUGUAGCCCAAUUAGAAGAUAUAUCCCAGUCUCCAGGAACGGCAACUCCUCCACCGCCACUGCCUGGCACUGUUCUAGAAAUAAUUUUUCUUAUAGAUAGCCCUCGCCAUCCAUCGAUAGGUGGAGUUACCGUAUCUGGAACUAAAUUAUUAUCAAAACGUAAACUGACUGUUAACGAGGCAUUUUUGGACGAUCAAGAAGAAAAUUCGCCCGAUGCAUUUGCAAAAAAAUCUAAGUUAACAAUACUCGAACAACAAACACAACCUUCUUCUUCUUCGACUUUACAACAACCAUCAACACCACCAUCUGCAAACAAUAACCGUCCAUUACUAAUUAAUAAAGCGCCAGCAAGUACGGAUGAACGACGUCAAGCUGUUAGAAAGUUAAUUGAAAGUAUUCCGACUAAAAAAGAAGAUUUAUUCGCAUUUUCAAUUGACUGGUCAUUACUCGAUAGUUCACUAAUGGAGAAACGUAUUAAACCAUGGGUGACCAAGAAAAUAAUUGAAUAUAUUGGAGAAGAAGAACCAACAUUAACAGAUUUUAUAUGUACAAGUAUAAUGUCAAAACAAAAUGCUGAAAGUAUUUUAUCGGAUAUUCGAGUUGUAUUAGACGAUGAGGCAGAAAUAUUUGUUGUAAAAAUGUGGCGUCUGUUAGUCUAUGAGAUUGAAGCGAAAAGACAUGGGUUAAGUAAAUGA